UGUGAGGGAAUCUUACAAACGCUGGGUAGUGAGGAAUGUCAGAUAAGGUAGGAGCAGUCCCAGAGGGUGGACAGCGUUACUGGAAGGAAGUCUUAGGAAGGAUAAUUGGUGGUACUAAAGUGUUUUCAGGCUAUGGAAAAUCCAUGUAGGAAUGUGACUUACAACAUCUGCAACUUCUAAAGAAACUUCCUUGGUAUUUUGAAAGGUCACAGAACAACUGCUGAUAACCGUUGAACAAGGUCCUUGGUCUGGAGAUUCAAGAAUGAAACCCCAGACCCUGCGAGUGACAAGACAAAAUUUAUUUUAUGGAGAACAUAGAAAGAAGCCAAGAUGAUCAAGCUUGAUGUGUGAUUAUUAGCUGUAGUACAAAUAAACAAAACCCAAGAAAUGCCUCAUUCUACAAACAAAGAACUGGUAGUUGGCAUCAUGGUAGGAACGGCUGGAAUCAGCUUGCUGCUUUUGUGGUACCACAAAGUCCGUAAACCGAGGAUAGCAAUGAAUUUACCUAAAUUUCUUUCUCUGGGUAAUACAUUUGAUUCUGUAACUUUGCAAGAUAAAACGUAUAAUGACCAAGGAACAGCAGUGAUCUUUCAAGAAAGGCAACUUCAGAUACUGGAGAAGUUAAAUGAAUUACUGACCAAUAUGGAAGAACUCAAAGAGGAAGUCAAAUUUCUUAAAGAAACCAUUCCAAAGCUGGAGGAAUAUAUACAAGAUGAAUUUGGAGGGAAGAUAACUGUUCAUAAGAUAAGUCCUCAGCACAGAGCUAGAAAAAGAAGGCUUCCUGCAGUUCACGGUUCAGCAACGAGUAAUAGUUCAGAGGAAGCAGAAAGUGAAGGAGGGUAUAUUACAGCUAAUACCGACACAGAAGAACAGAAUUUUCCAACCCCUAAAGCGUUUAACACACAUGUAGAAGAACUAAAGUUAGAUGCUCUUCUUCAGAAAGUAGAUCACUUACGUACAGAUGACUCUGGCAAGUUGGAGAGCUUUGAAAUACUUUGCGACCACAAAGAAAAGUUUAGAAAUGAAACAGAGUUUAUGUGGCGGCUUGCUCGAGGUUAUGGAGACAUGUAUGAGCUAUCUACAGAUACCCAAGAAAAGAAACAUUAUGCUAACCUGGGCAAAACUUUAAGUGAAAGAGCAAUUGCUAGAGCACCUCUGAAUGGACAUUGUCAUCUGUGGUAUGCAGUUUUGUGUGGCUAUGUAUCUGAGUUCGAGGGCUUACAAAACAAAAUCAACUAUGGACAGCUCUUCCAGGACCAUCUAGAAAUAGCAAUCCAGCUUUUGCCUGAAGAACCUUUUCUGUAUUACCUCAGGGGAAGAUACUGUUAUACUGUGUCAAAACUAAGCUGGAUUGAGAAAAAAAUGGCUGCUACUCUAUUUGGGAAAAUACCAUCUUCAACUGUACAAGAGGCUUUGAAAAAUUUCCUUAAGGCUGAAGACCUACACCCUGGUUAUUCCAAUGCCAACUACCUGUUCUUGGCAAAGUGUUAUAUCGAUCUUGACGAAAAGCAGAAUGCUUUCAAGUAUUGUGAGUUGGCAUUGCUGCUUCCUCCUGUUACCAAAGAGGAUAAUGAGGCUCAGAAAGAAAUGAAAAAAAUAAUGACUUCCUUGAAGAGGUAAAUAAAAGAACUUACUCUUCAACAAAUCAGAUGUGGUCUACUAAAAUUUAAACUAAUCGAAGUCGUGUUUUUAUGCUUCCCUUUUUCUUUUUUGAUGUAAGGGUAGAUAUGCUCAGAUUUGAAGGUAAAACCACAUUUCUGCAGAAAGCAUUCCACUGGUAUCGCUACAAAGCUAAUCAUGUUACUUGGAGAAUCUAUUUACUAUACUGUCAGUAUAUAAUGAUCUAUAGACAUGUAUGCAUUAUAUUUUUCCUAAUAAUAAACAGUAGCCUUCAGAAUAUUUCUUGAAAUAAAAUAUUUAAAUCUAAUAAAAUGAACUCGUGUGAGUAUUUUAUCGUUGUUUCAAUGUAGACUUUAUAAAACAAAAUAAUUGGAUUCAUGUGAAUGAAACACAGAAAAAUGAGCAAAGGACAUGAACAAAUUGUUAACAGAAGAGAAAAAAAACAAAAAAGAAAUAUAUUGUGACCAGUCAAAGACGUGUGAAUAAAGUUACCAUUAAACACUAUUUUACCAUCAAA